AUGAGCGUCGUUGCGACGUUGGAUGCUGGUGAAGUGCUGGAUAUCGCGUCUGUUGGCCCCCAUGGCUCCCCGACGGUCAGCCAGAGUCAGUGCUGCGGCAGCGUUGAAGAAGACGGACGAGGCGACAAAGAUAGAAAAGACAGUGAAGACAGAGAGAAGCCCAGAGGCAUCACCAAGUCCAAGGCUGCGCCGAAGAGGAAGACGGUCGUCUCGGUGGUGGCAUCAACACCUCCGCCAGCAACUCCAGCCAGCAGCAGCCUCGCCCGGCCCGUCGACCCCCAUCGCACAGCAGCUCCCCUCCUCACCCCGCGCGGCUCACACAUCACAGCAUACCCAUCUACUACUACCACCACCACCCCUACAACCACGGUAGAGAACCUCCUGACAGAAGCAAUUGCACAUCUGCUCUCAGUCGACCCCAGGCUCAAGCCAGUCAUCGACAAGUUUCCCGACGCCCCCUUCAGACCAGCAGACCUCGCAGUCGAGAUAGACCCGUUCCAGGCCCUCGUCAGCGGCAUCAUAGGCCAGCAAGUCUCCGGGGCAGCUGCAAAGUCGAUAAAGAGCAAAUUCAUCUCUUUAUUCAGUGUCACCACCACCACAGAUACCCAAGUUGAAGCGGAUGGAGAUGACGAAGACGAAGUUGGUGACGCAGGACUACGUUACAAGCCGGCCCCGUUCCCCUCUCCCCAGCAGGUAGUCUCCAUGGACAUCCCUACCCUCCGAACCGCCGGUCUCUCCCAGCGCAAGGCAGAGUACAUUCAUGGCCUGGCUGACAAGUUUGCCUCGGGCGAGCUGUCUGCUCGUAUGCUGCUGACGGCCAGUGACGAGGAGGUGUUGGACAAGCUGAUUGCCGUGCGGGGACUGGGGAAGUGGUCGGUUGAGAUGUUCUUGCUCUUUGGCCUCAAGCGGAUGGAUGUCUUUUCGACGGGGGAUCUCGGUGUCCAACGUGGUAUGGCGGCCUUUGCAGGACGGGAUGUAAGCAAGCUCAAGGCAAAGGGCGGAGGUAAGUUCAAGUACAUGUCUGAAAAGGACAUGGUAGAGAUAGCAGCGCCCUUCUCGCCGUAUAGAAGUCUCUUCAUGUGGUACGUGUGGAGGUGGGAGAACGUAGAUGUUGCCGUCAUGCAGGCGUGA